UUUUGUGCACAAUUGUCAAAAAAUAAACGUGUAUUAUUUUUUAGGAAACAAGUGCGGGUUUUUAUUGGUCCUGAUUGUAUGGAAUUUCAUCAUUAUAGUUUAAUAAAUUAACUUAUUCAAAUGACGCCCACAACAGCAAUUAAAGAUGAAACAGAAAAAUCAAAUUGCGCUUCUCCACAAAAGAAGAAGCAACCAAGUGCCACAGCAAUUGGCGCUUUCGCAUCAAUCGAAGAAUUCACAAAGAAUGGUUUAGCCGAAAUUGUGGAAGCAACCAAAGCCGUAAAUUCUUUUCCACAAGGAGCCGCACGUGAUUUAUAUUGUGCCUACCCAACAUUUGGUAAAAUUGUCGAUGAACAGUCGCACCGCAUAUUUGGACUGGUAUCAAAAGUCUUAAAGUGGCAAAAUGUUAAGGGUAACAUACAACGCCGUCAGCAAGAUGAACAGUUCGAAAUGCUGCUGGAGUGUAAUGAUACUAUAAUGGAACGUUUGAACUCAAAUUUGGAUGAACUCGCUGGCAUAAAGAAAAAUCCGCAAACCAUUGUAGUUGAGUCGCACUUAAAUAUUGCCAACAAUACACCCAAAUCUGGCUCGGGAGCAGGUAGUUGGAAUUUGAAGAAAAAUGAACAGUCACCAUUAGCUGCACGUUUAAUUACUGCAAAGAAUAUUGCACGACCACAAAUGAAAUUUAAAGUUCCAGUCGAUAAUAGUGCAUUGACACCGUUUGUGCCAAGAAUAAAAGAUAAACCAAAUUCAUUGAAACCGUUAGCCGUGUUACCCGAAUAUGAUGAAAGUGGUAAUAUUUCCAGUUAUUUACAUCCAUAUGAAUUCGAAUUGAUGAAAUGGGAAAUACCCACCGGGCAACUAUCACGCGUCACGCCAAAGGAACCUAAAAAAUUAGGUGAUACAGAGCUACUCUAUAUAGACACUGUGCCAAAAUUGAAUGCUGCCGUGGAAGAGCUGCGUAAGCACAGUGAAAUUGCAAUUGAUGUGGAACACCAUUCUUAUCGCACAUUUCUGGGCUUCACCUGUCUCGUACAAGUUUCUACACGCAACAAAGACUAUCUAUUCGACGCUUUAGAAUUGCGUGAUGAUAUGCACGUACUAAAUACGGUAUUCACCAACCCGAAAAUUGUUAAAAUAUUUCACGGCGCUGAUAUGGAUAUUGAGUGGCUACAACGUGAUCUUUCCUUGUAUAUCGUUAAUAUGUUUGACACACAUCAAGCAGCUAAGGCUUUGAAUUAUGCGAGAUUAUCCUUGUCAUAUUUACUGAAACACUACUGUGACCUCGAUGUCGAUAAAACCUUCCAAUUGGCUGACUGGCGCAUACGUCCAUUACCAAAUGAGUUGGUAUCAUACGCGCGCCAAGAUACACAUUAUCUUUUAUAUAUAUACGAUCGCUUAAUAAAUGAUUUGCUUGACGCCGGCAAUCAACAGUCUAACUUGUUGCGUAACAUCUAUCAACGCAGUACUGAGAUUUGUAAAAAACGUUAUGUCAAACCACAUGUAACGGCGGAAUCACAUAUGGAUCUUUUUCGUAAGUCGAAACGUGUCUUCGACAAUCGACAACUGUAUGCAAUGCGUGAGGUUUUCCAUUGGCGCGACACCAUUGCGCGCCAGGAAGAUGAAAGCUACGGAUAUGUCUUACCCAAUCACAUGCUAUUGCAAAUUUCCGAAAGUUUGCCACGUGAAAUGCAAGGCAUACUUGCCUGCUGCAAUCCUAUACCGCCAUUAGUGCGACAAAACCUGCACAUAUUACAUCAAAUUGUGCUGCGUGCACGCGAACAGCCAUUGGUGAAGCCUGUACUGGAGACGGAAACCAUACAUCGUGUUGUCAGCAAUAACACUAAGGACUAUAAUAGCAAGUUAUAUUGUCCGCAUGAUCUCUCGCACAGUGAGGAGUUCCGCGAUGAUCUGCCCACGCUACUUAACUUCCACAAAAACCCCCUACAGCCCUCACCAAGCAAGGCUAAUGUAAAGUUGGCGAAACCGGUAUUGAGCAUUUUUGAAACGCCAGAGCCAUCAGAGGACGAUGAUGAUGAGCAGAGAAAGCAAAAACAGUUACAUAGCAACAUAAAAUUCGUCAGUCCAUAUCAACGUUAUCUGGCGAUGCUGCCUUUGGUGGAAAAAGAAAAGGCCGAAGAAGCAGCACGCAUCGAAGCUGAAAACAAGAAACGUCAACUAUGUCCUGCUGUCAAACCAAUGCCUGCCCAAACAGCGACGGAUUCAAAAAUGGAGCCCUCCGAUGACGCUGAGUACAGCAUGCCGAUAAAAGAAAUACUCAAACGCACACACGAAGAAGCAAUCGCGAAAAAGCGACAGUCAAAGGAGUCUGAGGAACCUAAAGCGAAGCGUUUCAAAACCGAUACACCAAUUGAUGAUAAACUGAAGUUUGUUAAUUUACCGCCAACUAAAACGGAAUUGCGUUUAGCCAAAAAGCAACGAACGCAAGAGCCACAAACGGACGCCGAAACUACCGUCAACGACAAAUCUAACAACUCAGUGCACACAAUUAGUGAUGACUCGGAUAGUGGACCAGAAGAGGCCCCGUCCACGUCGCAAGCUCAUACGUCACAAUUAAACGCCAAUCAACAGCAAAGACAAGGCCGAAGUGGCAAACAGAAGUUUAAAAAUAAAAAUAUAAAAAAUCGUCAAAAUCGUAAUCAAUCAUCUAACAAUCCUAUUAAUGUUAAAAAUUUCGACUACAAAAAUGUGGACUUUCGAAAAUUCCAAGGUGGCGCACAACGCGCUAAGGGCAUGGAGUUGAAGCCACAAUUUCACGGAAAAAGCAAUUCAAAUAAGGCCAACAACAAGAAGUUUAAUAAGUUAUUUACAUUCAGCAAUGUGAAAGGUAAAAAAUAGUAACACGAUUUUUAUUAGGACUAUAUAGCAAUUUGCUUGAUCAACUACAUUAGCAGUUUUGGACUUAAAGUAACACGAAAUUCAUUUUUUUUUAAUUUAAUAAAUUGCAUUAUCUUCAACAAACAUACAUAUGUAUGUAAAUUACAUGUAGUUGUAGAUGUUACCUUUUUACAAAAUUACCCAAGAGUGCAGUGUGAAAAUACUUUGCGUUGAAGUUUUCUAUCUUCUUAAAUUUAAAUAUGUACAUUACUAAACUACAUACUACUAGGUAAUAAAAUAAGGUUUUGAAUAAACAUUUACAUACAAACAACUUA